GGCGGUGUGUAAACAUGGUGUUGAACAACCCGGUAUGCGACAAAGAUGUAAAACGACCUUGAAUGAGAUGUAAACAACAAGUGUAGGAUGUGGAGAUUUAUCUAUAGAAAAGGUUAGUAUCUAUCUCAAAGUAGUCUUUGGUGAAAUUUUGAAGUGUUCAAAGCCAAAACAUCGGAAAACGAUCGCCGAGCUCAUAUUCACACAUUGUUCCUCUUUCAGUGAAUGGCCGUCCCGGCAAUUCAUCUCUUCGUCUUGGGCAGAUUCAAGCUGCUGAGAAGAAUGAAGAUAAGAAUAGCUCAUACCCUGAAGAAAAAGAUAAAGGACUUCAAAAGUCUCUAAGGUAUCAUGGCAAAGCAUUACUGGUAACAGAGGCCAGAAAAUGGGGAGAACAAGAGACCGAAACUUUGAAGUCUGGCUUCGACCUCGUGCGAUGUAUUUUGCACAACAUUCAGAACGCCCAGAAAAAUCGAACCCUAAGUUUCUCGAAUUGUUUUGCCAGAGGAAAGGAAGAUGAAAAUUCUAAGGCAUUCCAUGGGGAAUUGGGAUCGGUAAGUGAAACUGAAAGUGCUAAAUUUAAUUAUGAGUUUCACGGUUUGUACAUGUAGCCUUACCUAGUCUAUAUGGUCUCUUAAAAAAAUAUCUUUUAAGCCUAGUAAAUUUGGCGGAAAAACUCUCUUUACUUUACUCAUUUUAUGUGAACCGCUAAGCCUAAUAGUGAGGUAACUUUCAAAGAAUAGAAAUCCGUCUCUUGAUCAACUCUUUAUCGCCUUUAAUGUGAUCUUAUACUGUGGAUAAAUGUUACAAAUACAGCCAUGUUGCUUGUGCAUGAACAGGCGUCAAUCGGGAAGAAUUCGACCGACCGUGAAAUGUGGUUGCAUCAGCACAAUGUAUUGUUCUUCCUAUACUUUCUACAACCCUAAAGCAUUCCAAACAAAUCGUUUUUGUUUCUCCUCUCCCCAGCAAUUCUUUUAUUGCUCAAAAGACCAAACGGGUUAAAAUAGGCCUACUCCUGAUAAGCACAAUGAGCUGUGAUUGCUAAAAGAGCUCAACAAAUCUUGUGAAUAAAAUUGUAACAGGGACACAAGAGGCCUUAUGUGUUCAAAGGGUUGAUAAUGGUUGGCAGAUUACCAUAAAGCAGUAGAAAAACCCUGUUGUGUCAAAUUGAAGGACAGGCCAUCAAUUUUGUUGAAAUUCACAUUAACUAAUUUUUCUUAAUUUUUUCUGACAGUGGUGUUCAGGGGUGCUUGCCCUUUCCAGCCUUCUAGCUUGCCGCAGGUUCUUUACAGAUGAAAAGUCUCUAUGGAAUGUUAAUAUCAAAAAAAUUCCCUCUCAUGUGUUGUCAAAGAUUUUGCCAGAGAGCAGAUUCCAUACCACUCUUGGAGUGUUGCCUUUGGCUGGAAGCUCUCAAGUCCACAAUGUGGGAAAUGCUAUGACAUCAGACCCUCUAGAUCAAGCUAUUGCUACAUUCCAGGCUUCUUUCAGUGAAUGCACAGCAGCCACCCAAAAUAAGCUCGGCAUAAAGUUUGCAUCACUAAAGCAGCACCAAAAGGCAUUUCUCCUUUUCAUGCAAGCCAGUGACCGAGGGCACCGUAUGGCACAAUUUAACCUGGGUUUGUGUUAUGAGAAUGGCAAAGGAGUGGAAAAAGAUUUGGCUAAAGCAGUAGAGUGUUAUGAAAAUGCUGCAGCUCAGGGCCAGGCAGGAGCCAUGUAUAAUCUUGCUAUUCUUUACAUGCAGGGAGAUGGGGGUCUCUCGAAAGAUCCUCAACAUUCAAUUGAGCUUCUCAAAGAAGCUGCAGAACAUGGCCUGUGCAAGGCACAGUCAUUUCUAGGAUUGUACUAUGCUGAUGAAUCUUCCAGCCAUUGUGAUUAUGAAAAGGCAGUUCCUUAUCUUAAAAUGGCAGCAGCUAAAAAUGAUUCAUCAGCAGAGUAUAAUCUUGGAAUAUGCUAUGAGCAGGGUCUUGGUGUUGAGAGAGACAUGUCCAAAGCUGGAAUAUUUUACAAGUCUGCAGCUGAGCAUGGACAUACUGGAGCCCAGUACAAUGUAGGAGUGUUCUUUGAGCAUGGCCUUGGUGGCUUUGUGGUUGAUAAGAGGGAAGCUGCUCAAUUUUACCGCAUGGCAGCAGAGGCAGGAGAUGAAGAUGCUCUCCAUAAUCUUGUACUCCUUAGAAAGUCAGUGGAGACAGAAAAGCUGGCGAAACAGUCAGGAAAGCCUCAAACCCUGGUGUUCUCUUUGCUUAAGGAAAUGGUCAAGCCAAGUGGAAUGAGCAAUCAUGUGACACAGGAGAAUCAAGGUAUACCUCGCUGUGCAUCCAGUCCUGGAAUUCUGGAUCAGCCUGACAUUGAGCAGCAAAGUACUCCCUCAACUACAUCUUCAAAUGCAUUGCUGGCAUUUUAACACAAAGGACAUUUAGGUCAACAUCAAAUUUCAUAGGUGCCUUUCCAAUAGAACAGUAUGCUCUAUCUCCACCCAAUAAUCACUUAUGACAGAAACCUCACUGAAUGUGACUCUCAAUAAUUACCUUAAUACCUGUAUCUUGAAGGUAGUGACAGUUUUUAUUAAUUAUUAGAAGUAGUUGUGAAACAUUGGAGAUAUUCAGUUACAAAGUAUAUGUGCCGGUAGUAUCUGGUCAGGAUGUAACACUCUUGUAAAUAGGUUUUCUUUAUUUGGAAAAUUUAAGACUCUCUUUUGAUACAACUUUCAUAAUUUUGUAAUUUUAUUGUAUAUAGUAUUUACCUGAAAGUAUUUUAGGAAAAAAUAGUUUAUUAACUAAAAGUUAACUCAAAGUUCCUAAAUUUAGAACACUUCUCAUUAAAAUGGAGGAGGAAUAACUGUAAAUUUCUAGUAAGGAUUUCAAAAGGAGUAUUAACAAUAAAAG